AUGAGCUCGGACUGCGGGAGUUACUACACGCGAGACAAGGUGCUGGUGGGCGGCUUCACGUGCCCGAAGCCGGGCGGGGACGGCGGGGCGCGGUUCUGCUGCGGCUUCAGCGACCUGAAGUACUGCUGCGAUGACCCGAACAGCUUCUUCCCGCACGAGUACGGCUACAUGUGGUGGCUCAGCCUCGGAGCUCUUGUGGGUCUCUCUGUAGCAGCUGUGGUCCUCCUUGCCUUCAUCAUCACUCUGUGCGUCCUCUGUUACUUGUUUGUCACCACCAAACCCAAAGGUCUGGACAAUGGAUUGCCUCUUCGAGCACCAGGUUCUGCAUACAGUCUACAAGGAACCAAGGCCAGCCUCAGCAGCGCUCCUGCAGGUCCCCAGGGUCUAAAGAAACAUUUUGUUAGGGGCAAGCUAGACUGUGACAAUCAGCAACCAGACCCUGAGCGCCUCUUCCAGCGCUGUUUCAUGGCGACUGUUACAUCUGCCAACAUGGAGAGCCCUGCAUAG